AUGGACUUAACAAAUGAAUUGUCAAAAGAUAUUAAAUUUUUGUGCGAUUGGAUCCAUGAUUUCGACAAACUAUUGAACGACAAAACUGGUGUCAAAUUGUUUUCGGAGUUUCUCAAUAAAGAGUAUAGUAUUGAAAAUCUUAAAUUUUGGAUGUGUUGUCAAAAGUAUAAGAAAAUUACGGAUAAUAAAAAAAGGGUGGAGUUUGCAAAACAUAUAUACAAUAAAUACCUGAGUGCCGGGGCUUCAGAUGCAGUCAAUGUCGACAGUCUUGCCAUUCAUUCAGUAGAAGACAAUCUCAAAGAUCCCAAACAAGAGUUAUUUGCUGUACCGGAAAAACAGAUUUAUAAUUUAAUGAAAUAUGAUUGUUAUAAACGAUUUCUAAAGUCAUUUUACAACAACAAUAUGAGUGACAAUGCCUUUCAUGAAAAUAUUGUUAAAAGUGCCCAAAAGUGUUGUUAUUCACCAAUUAUUAAGAAUUUAGAAGAAGUCAAUCCAAUAACUAGUUCUCGUUACAGACAAAAUGCAUUCAAAAAAUUAAGAAAACUUGAAACCAAUAAUCAAAUGAAUCGAAGAAUUUAUAAACAAAAACUUUUGAAAAAUUUAAGUCCAAAGAAAAGGCUAAUCAAUAAAAAUAAAUUAAUUUGUGAUAAUAGUCUCAAUAGUCUAAACCAUUCUUCAACUAUUUGUAGUCCAAAUGAAUCUCAUCCCAUAAAAUGUCGACAAAAAGACAUGCGAUCGACACAAAUGCAAUCUAUUCAAUGGAUUCAAUCAAAUAUAUCUUUGACACCAAAUCGUAAUAAUCAUAAUCUUGUCGCCCAAUUCAGUAGUCCAGCGCUCCGGUCGCUGACCGUUAUGUUUAGCGACGGUCCGAAAGAAAGAGUCAAAAUAACGAAAUCACAAACUCUGAAAAAUUUAUUGGAAAUUCUUUUAGAGAAAAAAUUUUUAUAUUAUACAGCAUUUGAAGCCUUUCCUGUCAAUUCAGAUAUUGCAUUGGAUCUUAAUUGUGAUGUUUUGCAUAUGACAUUCAAUGAGAUACGAGUAGAGCAAAGAAUAACAUUUGAUGUAAAGUUGCCAAACGGAUUGGUCAUCAAUGUUAAGUCUAAGCCAUCGACAAUCUGCGCUAAAGUCUUAAAUCCAAUUUUAAUGGAAUUUAAUCCCCGAUACGAUUCCGAUUAUUUUUCCAUUCAAUUUUGCGACACAAAUGAACUUUUAGCACCUGAUGUGCCAAUAUUUUGUGCCGACAAUCGUAAGUUAUAUGUGACCUAUAAUGGAGUCAAUGAAACUAAAAGCUUAGACUCGAAAGCAAUUCUCAAUACUAAUAACUUAGAGGACAGAAAACUAUUGUCACAGUUUUUGAAUGAGAAAAAUGAUUUCAUUAAAACAACGAGUUUGAAGAAAAACAGAGAUUUCUUGAAUAUAUCGGACAUUAUUUUCAACGAUGAAAACAAAUCGGAAGCAUUUUUCGAUGAUUUGCUUAAGAGUUCGCAAACGGUUCCCAAUUAUCGAAAUGAAUUGAGAUUAUCAAACAAUCUGAAUGUUCCCGAAGAAUUUAAUGACGAAUUCAACAAUUCAUUUGAAUUACAGACUAAAAAAUAUAAUAACGAAGAAUAUAAACAAAAGAGUCAUUCAAACAAAUCGCCAAAAUAUAAAACAUCAAAUGAUUCAACAGACAAAAAGUCUUCAACAACUCUGAUGUCGGAUCAGUUGUACGAUAAAAGACAUAAAAGUUAG